ACUCUGAGGAGCGGCGAUUCAUUUAAUCUGGAAUGUAACGCUCGAGGGCUCUGGCCAGUUAUUCAGCAAACCAGAGAAGAUGAUUGGACAGUAUACUGGUCCUAUGAACCAGAUGUUAGUGCUCGGGCUUUGGGUGCUAAACCCCUAGAAAAGAUGUGGGAGUCUCAAAUUUUUGUGCCAUUCAUCGAAGGAGAUAAAAUGUUCCAAGCGCACAAGAAAUCGGACUCAUCCGAAGAAAAGAACGCGGUACCGUUGACCCUGUUUGACACUGAACAGCGAAGAAUAGACAAUGUUGAAUAUAAUAUGAGCGGCCAGUUUGUAUGCACCGUAGUCAGCAAAGCAGAAGGUAUGAGCGAACGACGUUUCAUCACAAAUUCCAUACACCUCACGGUCAUUCCGCCACUGACGUUGAAAGAAUCGAUUAUAGAAUGGCUGAAAGAUAACCAGCACAGUGUCACGGCACUGUUUCUAACGCUGAUUCUCGUAAUCAUCGCCUAUGUGCUAUUAAUCAAGAGGCGAGCAAAGAGAAUCGCGAGCACGAAGAAUAUGGAUGAGGCGGAUGAAUUUCAGGCAAAUUUGGCUGUUGUUGACGCAAAACAUGGAUGA